GUCUCGAGAGGGAACAAAACUUCUUACAUUUCUUACAUUGUUUAUGUAGUUUCAGAAAACGUCGUUCAUACUUUUUUUUUUUCUUCGUACAUAGAGCGCGAGACUCAUGCUUGAAGUAUGACGAAAGAAGAAGACCUAGUUCGGAUUGCUAAAAAGCUAGACAAGAUGGUGUCUAGAAAUAACAUGGAGGGGGCACUUGACUUGCUGAAGGAACUGAAAAGCUUCAACAUGACCCUGAAGCUACUAAAAGACACCAGAAUUGGCAUGUCUGUCAACGGAAUAAGAAAGCACUGCACAGAUGAGGAUGUUGUAGCCUUGGCUAAGAUCCUCAUCAAAAACUGGAAAAAACUUCUAGAAUCUGCCCAUGCUCAGAAGGCUGAGAGACCAAAUGAAAUGAAAAAUGGAAAUGAAUCUAACACGAAAACAGAAUUACCUGGAAGUCCCUCUCCUGAGAUGGAGUCAAGAAAAGAUUCAGCAGACUUUAAACAGCAACCUCCUAAAAGACCUAGCCUGGACGGAAAGAAAGAAAGGAGAGAAUCCACUGAAUCAAAGCCAAGCCAUCAUCCUGUAAAACGUCCAUCAAACGACUCCAAACCGGAGAGGAGGGACUCGACAAGUUCAAAAUCUAACUCACCUCCAUCAAGAAAGCUCUCAGGAGAGAGAAGGGAGUCGCAGGGCCACAAACUGGGGCAGACUGGCUCCUUGCAGAGGAAGUUAUCGACUGACAGCACAGACGGACGGAACAAAAGCAAACCAGGGACCCCGAAGACACCCACCACACCCACGAGCCCACUGUCACCCUGCUUCAGCUCCGCAGGGGGUCCUCUGGCCCCUCAUCUGCUCACAGGAGACUCGAUUCGAGACAAGUGCAUUGAGAUGCUGGCUGCGGCUCUGCGCACAGAUGAUGACUAUAAAGACUAUGGGGCAAACUGUGACGCCAUGGGAGCAGAAAUUGAGGAUCAUAUCUACCAGGAGAUAAAAUCCACAGACAUGAAAUAUAAGAAUCGCGUUCGUAGUCGCAUCAGCAACCUGAAGGAUCCAAAGAACCCCAAUUUACGCAAGAACGUGCUGGCAGGUGCCAUCGAGCUACACCGCAUAGCCAGCAUGACUGCAGAGGAGAUGGCCAGUGAUGAGCUGAAGCAGCUGAGGAGUGUUUUGACCCAGGAGGCGAUCAGAGAGCACCAGAUGGCCAAGACUGGUGGCACCACCACUGACCUGCUGCAGUGCGGCAAGUGCAAGAAAAAGAACUGCACCUACAACCAGGUACAAACGCGCAGUGCUGAUGAGCCAAUGACCACCUUUGUGCUGUGCAAUGAAUGUGGAAACCGCUGGAAGUUCUGCUGAUGUGAGACCAGGUCCCCAAUAACACUGAAUACACUGAUUUGAAUGCUGUUUAAUGAGAGAGAGACAAUUAGUCAUCAUUAUUAUUAUAUUUCUUUUUUUUUACAAGCAAUCACUGGCCAUAGCGUGUAGCGAAAAAUAUUUUUAUUUGAACUAUCAAAGAUUUAUAUGCCCACUGCCUAUUGUUUCACUGGUAAUAAAUGCACAAUGUAGCAGUUAACUCAAAGGGAAACCUUAGAAAGAUGGAUGCAUUGACUAUUGUACAUAUGUUUUAAGACAAUAUGCUUUUAUACAGUGAUAUAUAAUAUAUGAUAUACGAAAAUGAUGAUGAUGAUGAUGGUGAUGGUGAUAGUAGUGGUGGUAGUAUUGUUUAAGGUUUGAAUCUGUCUCCAAAUCCUUAGUGAAAUGUAUUUUAUAACUGAACCAGUUGCACACAGUGAUGGGCAAAUGUUAAAUUAACUCUGAGCGUGUGAAUGCCUUGAGGAGCAAUAUAAACACUUUUAGAGUUAAAUUAACAGCGGUGAAUUUCAUUUUAAAUAUCUCAAAGCGCUCUAUAUCAUCCAGAUCUUAUAUUCAUAUCAUGCAGAAAAAGUCAUAAUUGUAUCAGCUCUCAGUCAUGGCGCAGGGUAUAAAAGAGAAUACGA